AUGUAUAUGCAGAUAUUAGGUAGUCUAAUCUACUUGGGCUUAACUCGUCCUAAUAUCUCUUAUUCAGUUGGAGUCAUGAGUCGAUACAUGCAAAAUCCAAAGAAGUCUUGUUUAGAAGUAGUUCGGCGGAUACUCAGAUAUAUAAAAUGUACAAUAGACUAUGGUCUUAUGUACAAGAAGGGUGAAAGUUGCAAACUAGUUGGUUAUUUUGACGAUGACUAUGCAGGGGAUCAUGAUACUCGUAGAUCAACUACAGGGUAUAUGUUUAUGCUUGGAUCUGGAAUGAUUUCUUGGUGUAGUAAGAGACAACCGACAGUGUCUUUGUCAACAACCGAAGCAGAAUACCGAACAGAAGCAAUGGCAGCUCAAGAGAGUACUUGGUUGAUACAGCUAAUGAAAGAUUUGCACCAACCAAUAGAUUAUGCGAUGCCGUUGUACUAUGACAAUCAAUCAGCAAUUCCUCUGGCAGAAAAUCCAGUCUUUCAUGCAAGGACUAAACACAUGGAAGUGCAUUAUCAUUUUCUUCGAGAGAAAUUUCUACAAGACGAGAUUUUAAUGAAACAAGUGAAGACAGAUGAGCAAGUUGCAGACUUGUUCACAAAAGCUUGA